AUGAAGAUCGAGCCAUGCUCCCACAUUGGUCCAUGUGAGGCUGGCGUCUGUUCUUGCGUCGACAGUGGCAUAUUUUGCUUAAAGCAUUGCCAUUGCAUCCAUGACGAGUGCAAGGUCUUCUUUCCAGGGUGCAGAUGCCAGCAUGGUGAUUGCCGCACGGAGGCGUGUCUCUGCAUCCGUGCUGGUCGCGAGUGCGACAUCGACCUUUGCACAGUGUGCUCUGCAGACGAGAUAAUCGCCCGCAAAAUGGGGAAGCCGUAUGACGUCAACGCAAGCAAGAUGAAGAAGGACGACAAGUGUGAAACAAGGUGCCGAAACCGCUGCAUUGCACUCGGCAAACAGAAGCACGUGCGAAUGGGUCGGUCGAAGCUUGGCGUUGCGGACUGGGGGCUAUUCGUGGACGACUUCGUCACUAAGGACGAAUUCAUCAUUGAGUACAUUGGUGAGAUGGUGUCACAGGAAGAAGCUGAUCACCGUCGUCUUGUCUACGGCAAAGAAGGCAGCAGGCAUUUGAUCACACUUGAUACCAAAACUGUGGUGGACUCGACGCAAAAGGGCAACAAGGCCAGGUUGAUCAACCACUCUUCAUCAAGUCCGAAUUGCGUGUGCAAGAUCGUGAACGUGCAGAGCGAUUUCCGGAUCGGUUUGUAUGCCCUUCACGAUAUUCAACCGCAUACGGAGCUCUUCUUCGAUCAUGGUUUCGACAAGGAGCUGUACGAUGGUGAGCUGUCGAACGACGGACCGCCACCGAGUACAUGA